AGUGGUUCACGUUGAUGUGCUCACAAUUUCGGAAAAGCAGGCUGUCCAACUAAUGAGUUUUGUGUUGUCGCGGUAUAGGGCUACCAUAACUAUUAUCGGAACACCGAGUUUUCGGAAUACUGGGCUUUCGGAACAUUGACAUGGCACCUGAAUUUCUACCAUUUCAUUUUAAGAAUAUAUUGCAUUAGACGCUAUGUGUAUGCAUCGGUAUCAUCAUUUUUAUUAUGUUAAACAGAAUGUAAGCAUACAUUGUUGAGAUUGCUCUUGUUUCAUUUUAAAUUUUACCGAAUGCGCAGUGAAGAACUACAGUACCCACAAUCCUUUGUGGAAACCUUCAUGCUUAACCCUCCUAUUACCUUCAGAUUUACUAACAUAUGUUAUCCUUGGGGUCAAUUUGACCCCAGCAAUUUAAACCUCCUCUAUUUAAUGUAUUUUGAUUUGUUUAUGUUCAGUUAGGAGAAAAUGCGUCGCAGCAAAAGGCAUCACAGAGAUCCUGUUCAAGAAGCUAUACACUAUAUAUCCCUGUCAGCUGACAGGCCAGAACUCACCGCCAGAUAUAUAAACUCUCUGAAAGGUCGAGGAGUGUUUAGCCACAGUUUCUUUGAAAAAGGAGACUUUUUAGUAGAAUACAGAGGAGAGAUCAUUUCAUUUGAAGAAUGUCAAAGACGCAGAAGAAUCUACCAUGAUGCGCUUCAAGUGUACUUUUUUGAAUACAAGGUCAAUGGGAACAAGCACUGUAUUGAUGCUGCAAAGGAUGACCUCUCUCUUGGCCGACUAGUUAAUGAUGACCACAUCAAUCCGAAUAGCCAGAUGAAACGUAUCACCGUCAAAGGCAAACCCCACCUGUGCUUAUUUGCCAUACGGCAGAUACAGCCAGGAGAGGAAAUAACAUACAACUAUGGGGAUAUGGACUGGCCAUGGAGAACAAAGUGGGCUUAA